UGGCAAAAUAAAAUUACAGGUCUAAAAGCAUUUAUUACUAUAAUAUCUAAGACUAGUUCAUAAUCAAAAAUGUUUCUGAAGUGUAUAUUUUAUUUAUUAGUUAUUAAUUUCUAUGUUUGUUUAACCAAAUCAGAUGAACACUUUAAAGAUUUGAAUAUACUUUUAGAUCGCGAAGCAUGGAAAAAGUUAGGUAAUCUUUGGAAGCCUCACGACGUUGUUGAAUGUAAUCCAGACGGACAAAUUAUCGAUGUUGCAGAAUUAUUCAAAAAAGAUGAAUCUCAAAAUAAAAUUGUUACGGACGAAAAUUACAAAAUUAAAGUACAAAAACUAUUUUUAUUAUACAGCGCUGUACAUGCAUGUAUGCUUUAUAAAAUCAUAGCUGUUCUUAGAGGAUUUUGGGAGCUUUGUGAAAGAGAAGAAGAAAAAUGUAAAAAAUUAUUUUUACUUACUUUAGUUAGAUUUCAUAAUAUUUUUGUAAAGAUGCUAGACGCACUUAGUUUUAUUUCUAAGUUUAAAAGCAAAAGUCCUCUCAUUAUUAGCGAUAAUACAAAAAACGGAGUAACUACUACAUUAAAUCAUCUCAAUGUAUUGUCAAAUAGUAAUUCACAAAGUAAUGAAUGUAUUAGAGUUGAAUUAAACGGCGCGUACAACUCAAUAAAAGACUUUUUCGCAUCACAUUUUAGGCCUGUUCCUCUUUACAUAAUAGAUGACCAGAUCUACUUUUCACAUGUAUAUAAUGCUGUGUUAAAUACUAUUAAUGACAACAAUAAAACGUUAAAUUUUAAAUUGACGCGUUUAAUAACCACUUUAUUUUACCAAAUAACACAAUAUAAUGAUUACCACAAAAAUGAACUUGGCUUUUGCUUUCAUACAAAUAGUCAUUUAGUAGAGCCUAUAAUAGAACAAAAUACAAUUAGAGCGCCAGAGGCAUCCGACGACGAAGAUGAUGGCUAAAAUAAAAAUGACUUAUAGAUUCUGUAUUAUUAAUCAAAUAAAUCAAUGUUCUUUUUUAUAUUAAAAUAAAGCAUAAAUUAUUAUUUUACACAUUGACCAAUUAUUAUCUUAUUUACAUUUUUUCGAUUUUAUAAGCUAAUUAAUAAGAAUGUUACUAUUUGUAAAAAUAAAGUUGACAACCUAUAA